AUGUACCGACACAUUCAAGUAAGUUUUGAGUGGAGUUUUUAGCAAUAAUUGUAUUCCAUGCCAUCGGUCUGCCUGUUUUUAUGCAUUCUAAAAGAUCAAGAGAAGCCAGCAUCACGAGCCUUUAGCGGUCAUGGGAGGACAUAUCCCAUCAGACUUGCGUUGAGUGCUGGUAGCUUCGCUAACGUUAUAGCAUACGUUCGAGCCUUUUGGCUAACUUGUUGAAAAUUCAGAUAGACAGCGGCCUAUUCCAAGCCAGCGUUCAUCUUAAAAUAUAUCCUAACCUGUGAAACUGCAGCGUUGCUGAGCGGUUUAGAAAUGUAUGCCUCUUUUCCGUUAUGUGACAGGCUCUCCAGCAGGUGUCGCGGCGGACGCUGAGCAGCAGCGCGCGCAGGCAGGUGGAGAACAAGGUCCCACAUAAACAGAAGCAUUUCCAGGUAAUUGGCAGUUUACAUGGCUCAGAUAGAAACACACUUAAAAUGUAUAUUUCAAGCUAAACAUUAACGUGAUUUCAGUUCACUGUCAUGGAAAAUGUAGUUCGAAAUCAAUGCUGACAAUGUGAUAUUUGUGUUUUGAUGACUGGUGACAUGUCCACAUGUAUGCUCCUGUAGUUUCUCUUCACAUGAUGAAGCCUGAGAUGCAUAGAGUUGACAGAUAAGUAUGUCUGAAAGACAGCUCACUGGGUUGGAGUUACUUCUUUGCAUGUGGUGUGUAAAAGAAUGGGCCCUGGUCAAAAGUAGUUCACUAAAUAGGGAAUAGUGUACCAUUCGUGACAUAGAAAAUGGCAUGAGAUGAGAAACCCAUGUCUGACUCUGAUUAGUGAUUACCACUGGCACAUGAUCAAGGGAGGGUGAUGCCACUGCCUCAUCAUUGACUGCUUUUCAAUAACUGAUUGUGCAAACUGCGCUGCUGUAAAUGCUUUCUAAAACAGGGUGCAUUGCAGAUCUUGCUGUCAAUAAUGAAAAUCGUAAUGGCAACGUGUUGCAUUCUGUGGCUAACUAGAAUGGUCAAUUUUGGGGGUAAUAAUGACCACUCAACCACCCAGAACAGAGUUUGCUGUAGAUGCACUGUUCAGGCCCUUUGCUCCACUAGGAGCUGAAAGGAAUAAGUCAAUGUCCACUCAGAGAAUACUACAGCUUCGGUGGGCUUAAAGGAAGCAGGAUGCUUAUACUGCAUGUUGCUGUGCAUGAAAUAAGUUUGAUACAGCAUGUGUUUCUUCACCAGGAGGACAAUGGGAUUCCAAUUCAUUUGAAAGGGGGCGUCAGCGAUGCUAUCCUGUACAGAACAACAAUGGCACUCACUAUUCUAGGUGAGUACAGAUGGACUCAAUGGCAAAAAAAUGUUUUAUCCAUGUAGACACAAGAUCUUGGUAUGGUUUGGUUGUGCAUUACCACUCUAAGUUGCUCAAUACCUUUUGUAAUAACACUGUAUUUAAUUAGUAAUUAUGUUUUAUAUGUUAUUGCAGGAUCUGCAUAUGUCGUAUAUGAACUGGUUUGUGCAGCUUUCCCCAAGAAGAAGGACUGA